ACUACCAAAACUGGAAAACCCUAACACAUCCCCCUUAAACCCUAACCAAAGCCUUUACUCGAUCACUCGUUCGGCUUCACUCUCACACUCAUCCACGAUCACAAUCUCACGCAAAACGCUUCUCUGGGAAAAUGGCUUGGCGCAGUGCAGGAUCCUUCUCUCGCUCUGUCAUGUCCGCCGCCAGAGCUCCUUCGCUCCGUACCCCUGUGCCGCUGCCCCGCCUCCGUCCCCCGACUUCCUCUGCUCCUCGCCUCCAAUCCCGCCGCCUCUCGUUUGCUCCUUCCAGGAAUUUGGGAGAAUUGGGAUGUUUCCAGUCAUUCUUGCCUCUGCAUAGCGUGGUUCCCACGGCACGUCUCACUUCACACCUGACUGCUAAUGUGCGGGCUUGUUGCGAGCUUUCUCAUGGGAGGAAUGGAAAAGAUGGGUGAUGCACGUGGACUUUCAAUCAGCUAAAGGAGAGAGAAUGAUACCACAUUGUACUUGAAAGGCCAUGGAUUAGCACAACUGAGUGCAACAACCAAUUGAGGGAGAGAUUAGUUUGUCCUGUGGUAGUCAGUGGCUAGGUUUUCAGAGUAGAAAAUAUC